AAUAAUAAAAAAAAAUACGCUUUUUGUUUACUUUUAUGAAUUAGGUUUAAUUUAAUAGAAGUGAAACAAGACAGGUCGCGACAUGACAGAAUAUACGGUAUUUUUCGUAAACUGGACAAAGACGCUGUACUGGUAUCUUGGUGCAGUAGUUCAGUUACUACAGUGCGCCAUGCACCUGCAAAAUACAUUCUUGCAAAACAUUUUCUAUUGGCCAUGGUGUGGGUGUCUUGACACACGGUUUCCUUUUUGUAUCCCAGCUACUCACAUUUCAACUGGCCACGAAUCUUGGUUGCUGCAGAAAAGAAAACACAGACGUUAAACAGGGACGACGCCUCUAACAAUCCCGCUGUACUUGCUAUAUUUUAUUUAUUUUUUAAUAUUAUUAGUGUGUCAGAAGAAUCGAAAAUUACAACCGUCCACUUUGUAUCCGUAGCAAGCAGAAAACUGCUACAGUCUCCGGUGCUCAGGCAAGAAGCUCAGAGAUUAUGCAAGGGCCAAGAAAAGCCAUUCUGGUGCGCCUGAUUGUGUUUCUGUUGAUUGUAAUGGCAGCCAUGAAAUGGUUUUCAAACUCGAGUGUUGAGGAACAUGUUUCUGAGCCCGAUAUGUUCUGGGGGAAAAGAGAGGGGGAUGUCAUGUCACCAGAGGAAGAAAGUAAAGUUCAGGAAGAGGCUCCAAAACAUGCAGAAGGGGAACUUGAGAAGCCCCAGGAACCAUGGAAACAAGAAGAGAAACCGGACCAGCAACAACAGGACCAGGAAAAGCCAAAGCUGCAUCCGGUGAAGGAUUUUAGCUCCACUCAGAUGAGGAUCGUCCACCUUGAUCUUAAAGGGGCUGCUCCCAAAGUCUCUUAUUUAGAACAGAUAUUUCCGCUCCUGUUCAAACUGGGUGCCAAUGGGGUUUUAAUUGAGUAUGAAGACAUGUUUCCCUAUUCAGGAGACCUUGAAAUCCUCAAGUCAGAGAAUGCUUACAGUGUGGAAGACAUUGAAAAGAUCCAGCAUCUUGCAGAACUAAGUAAACUGGAAGUCAUCCCGUUGGUGCAGGUCUUUGGACAUUUGGAGUUUGUUCUGAAGCACGAGAAAUAUCACGCGCUGCGUGAGGUGACCAAGUUCCCCAACAGCCUGAACCCACAUAUGCCGGACUCCCUAUUGCUGGUAAAGGACCUCAUCUCGCAGGUGCUAGACAGACACCCCAAGGCCAGCUGGAUCCACGUUGGAGCAGACGAGGUAUAUCAUCUCGGGGAAGGAGAGGAGUCCAAAAACUGGCUGAACAGCAACAACGGGGACAAGGGAAAGAUGUUCCUUAAUCACAUGAAGAAAGUUGGGGGCUUCAUCGUGAGCAAGUACCCCGGGGUCAGCCUGCUCAUGUGGGAUGAUAUGAUGAGGCAGAUCAGCGUAGAGAUACUAGAAGAGUCUGGUAUUACCCUCUUUGCCUCCCCCAUGAUCUGGGACUAUAGCUCCCAGUUAAACAUUGAAUUGAUUGAGACGUACAUAUCUAACUACGCUAAGGCAGGGUUCAAAACGGUGUGGUUCGCCAGUUCUUUUAAAGGAGCGUCGGGCUCUGCUCAGAUCUGGACUCCGAUUAAUCAACACAUGAACAACCAAUUAUCGUGGCUGAAAGUCAUCGGUACAAUGGAGAAACACCCCUCCAUUCGCUUUCAAGGCAUUGCACUGACUGGCUGGCAGAGAUACGAUCACUUUUCAGCUUUGUGUGAACUCUUUCCUGUUGCCGUCCCUGCGAUGGCUGUCUGCUUGCAGAGUCUGGUUCAUGGUGGUUUUAAUGAUGAAGCAAGAAAGCAGACGCUGAAUAUCCUAGGCUGCAACAGUAUCAACCUUGACAAGAGCUUCUGUGAAGGAGGAGGUGCUUUUGCUGGCUAUGAAAUCUAUCAGAUGGUUCACCACAUCAAAGAAAACCUGAAGAUGGAUAUUGAUAACCUACUUCAAGAUGGGCACAUCAGAGGGACGUUUUCUCGCUACCACCGAAAGUAUAGUUUCGCGAACCCGAGAAACAUUGAGAUGUUUGGAGACCGAGUGUUCAAGCUUCAUGACAACUGGGAGAAAUUAAUCCAGGACUUGUACAUUCAUAUGGGGAACAUCUAUUUCCCAGACACGGUGGAGGAAUGGAUGGAAGAGAAUGUCUAUUUCUAUAUGGACCAGCUUAAGGAGCUGGUCAAAGAUUACAAGCAGAUCAUUCAACUGAAUGGCAGACCGAAAACUUCGUAAAGAUGGGAGGGUUAAAAAAUCGUAAUUGAGGCAGUGCUUAAAAUGGACCAGUACCACUUUUUUUUAUUCCAGACAUUUGUACAGGUUAAGAGAAAAGGUGUGCAUUUAAUGGCAUGUACAUGGUUAUGAGGUACUUCUGGUUUGUAUCCUUUUUCAAACAUUUUGGACCAUCUGAGUUGCUUUUUUCAUUCGGUAAGAAACAAGGAGGCUGUCUUUUGAUAUAAACACAUCAUACAGACCAGGAUGCAAAGGCUGUGUGGGGCGUGCUACACACCAUAAUGUUGGUCUGGGGUUCACUGAAGAAAGCUUUGCUUACAUUUCCACAGCUGUCUCAAAUAUUUAAAAAAAAAAUUAAUACACAACAUUCUCUUUCCUAUUCUCAAUCCGUGUUUUACUAUCUUCAAUUCCUAGUUAUGUUAGUCUCAUGAGACCAGUAUGUUGAGCUUAUAUUGAUCUGAAAGUUAUUGUAUCUGCAAUGAAGCCUACCUUUUAAUACUGCUACAGCAUCUGGUGCUUCCAUUUGCAAAAUAAACAGCUUCAAAAGCCAUAGCCUUACACAGAGAGGGUAAGAUUUGAUUGCAAUAUGAUAAUAAUACUGCACAGACGAAAUGCAUGUACUAAUAGAUACACACAUACUCGUUCAUAUCAUCAUUUUUUACUUUUAUGCUCUGAAUCCCUUACCCAGCAAAUUCCUCAAUUUACAUUAACAUUGUACCACUGUGUAUUGCUACAGCAUGCAGUAGUCUCAUAGCGAGUGUGCACUGCUAAUCAUAUCUUUAGCUGUCAUACUUCAUUAUUGUGCGUUUUCAUACAAGCUGUCUAUUUUACAGAGCAAGGUACUGUGACAGCCUGCAGUGGGCAAUACAGUAAUAUUGUAUUCUACAAAUCUCCUGCAAAUGUGACGCACAAUUGGUGGUGAUAAGAAUUUGCUUUUUUUUUUAAUCUCAGGGUUACUAAAAUUAACUAGUCCUCUAUAAUAUCAUUUUUAAAAUGUUUUUAUGUGUUUGUCAUAAAGGCAGUCCUCAGCAUUGCACAACAUUAAAAAACAUUGCUACAGAAGGUCCGGGAAUAUGGUUUCAAAAGCAUUUUUGAAGGUCUGAUAUUAUGGCCUUCAGUUGGGUGAAGAGGGUGCUGUUUAGAAGUUACUUAGGAAUUGAGUUAAUUUAAUAGAGUAGUUAGGAAUUUAGGGGUGGUUUCACAGACCCUGGUUAACACUGAUCAUGGGGUGCCUAAAAUAAGCUCUGUGAACUUACUAGGUUAGAGAGUUAAACCAUAUCUGGGUUUACUGUUACAUCUUACUGAGAUGUAAGUUACUGAAAUGUAGGAUUUAUGAUGCCUUCAAAUAUAUUUUUUGUUGUCGUUUAAACAAAAAAUGCAAGUUUCUAAAUCCUCAGGUUAUUGCUUCUGUAGCUUGAAAGAAAAGGUCACAGAAGGCUACUUUUAAUUUGCCAUAUAGGUCUUGAUUUUCACAAUUCAGUAAGGGGCUUAAUGCUGUGGAAUUGCCAGUUAACAAAAAUAAAAUGUAAAUGUAUUUCAAAUGUAUUUUCAAUUAAUUGGAAUUGUGGGUUGCUUUUAUUAUAUUUUACAUUAUAAUUAUAAAACACAUGCUAAAAUCUGUCAAAUUAAUACAUACAGUGCGCUAAAAAUGUACCAAUAGAUGUACCUGUGGUUUACUUGAGAUACUGAAUGAGUUACCAAGUUUUUAAAAUCUGUUCCAGCCCUUGUUUUGUUCAGUCUUCCUGUUUAUUUGCUUAAAAACUCUGCUUGCAUUCAGAUUGCAUAAGUACUUGUACGAACAGAAGUGUGUUGCUGCAUUUUCUGCAUUGGAAACCCCGUGGUUUUUAAGUUUGUUCUGUUUAUUUAUGGUGGUACUAUAUAUUAAUGCACUGAAGCACAUACUGCACAGUACACAGGAAGUGUAUGUAUUGGACAUAUUCAAGGGUCUAGAAAAAUAACUGCACUUAAAACUACUCUAUAUAUAUAUA